GGCGCUCUUCUGCCUGUUGACCUGCUCGCUGAUUAUCCAAAUCUUGUCUAUUGGCAUGCUCAGCUUCCUGUUGUUGCAAUUGCUGCUGAAUCUGCUGUUGCUCAGCUUCCUGCCUCUGUAAUUGCUGCUGUAAAUGUAGCUGAAUCUGCUGUCGAUGAAAUUCCUCCUGCACUUGUCUUUGAAGCAAGUCAUUUCUAAUGCGCUCAUUUUCCAUUUGCUCUGCCUGCCAAAGUUGUUGAAAUUGAGCAUUAAACUGAUGAUAAUCAGGUUGAGGUGGUCCAUGUAAAGGUUGUGCAGGAUUGGGCACAAAGUAGUGCAGGGGAUUGUUGACAUUGUGAGGACCAACUGCACCCUCAUAAUGAAUAGGGCCAUAUACAGGAGGAGCAGGUUCAUUAGGAAUGUGAGGCACCUGUGGGGGCUGCAUCCCGGCUGCCUCUGCUUGUGCUUGCUGUCUUAUCUCAUUUCUGUCCUGUCGCCGGCGAAGAUCGCGCUGAUGGCGUCUGUCAUUUUGAGCUGCAUUUACUCGCUCAUUCAAGCGUGCAUUGUAAUCAACUGGAGGAGGAUGAUGAGCACGCUGCACAUGUGCAAUUGCAUUUCGUGGCAAGCCGGGAUAUUGUGCAACUGGAAGCGGCUCAUAUUGAAAGUGAGGCGGAGGUUGCCAAGCAAAAGGUCGUGGAACAGGUCCUGCUUGUGGCUCAUUAGCUGGCAUAAAAUUUGGUUGUGGUGCAGGAGGCAGAGGCCUGUCCUGAUUAUCAUGGGCAGCACGACGACGAUUACGUCUGGUAGGUGAAGUCAUUUGAAGUCGAUUGAUCCUGUCUUGUUCGCGUUGGGAGUGUCGAUCACGUUCCGGGGUGAUUUGUUCUCCAUUGCUAAUGUGUAGAUAUGAGCAUCAUGCACCUUGCACAUGGCAAUAUAUAUAUCAGCAACUCACAGAAUAGGUAUAUAUCCAUCCAUGGUUGUUAAAUUCAAACGGUUGUUUAGCAAGUGCAAAAUUUGUCAAAAGUGUAUAUCACACUUUAUUACACUUGGCUGCAGGGAAAGGCAGUUCAACUCGAGAAUUCUAUUCAAAAGCAGCAGCCAAGUUGUGUAAUGAUUUGUGUAACCAAAAGUGUAAUCAAAUUUCUAUUAUUGCUUUUGUUAUUCUCGAUGCC